AAAAACCAUUUUUAACGUAGCAAAUAAAAUCAGCUCAAAUAACAAGACUGAAUGAUUACGAAUUAGAAAAUAAAGGAAUUAAUGACAAUAAAAAGAAACAUUUAUAACUAAAUAGUUAGAAUAAACAAGAGAUAGUUUUUAUCUACUAAAGUGCAUCAAUUAUACACGUCAAUUACAUGUCCUAAAUUUACAAAACCGCGUGCAGACGCUAUCUUGGCUAUUAUUAUUGUGCUAAAAUUUAAAACUACAAAUUGUCCAGUAAUAUUUCUGAAGAUUACAUGCGAUACAAGUUUAUAAGAACGGAAAGUACGCUAGGAAAACGGCGUGCGUCCGCCAUCUUGUUUGUCAGUGUUGUAUUGGCGGUAAAACGGCACGUUGUCGCACGCGCUGUGCGCCGAGUGCGUGCGGCGAGCGGGUCGCGCGCGCAUCGGGCUCGCGCGCGACCUCGAGUCAUGUCCUGAAAGGGUCAUGGAGACGAUCUCCGAGGAUGCUGAGGCGGAAUUGGAACUUGAUAAAAUCCGCAAGAAGUAUGCUUCCCUCGGAGACAGCAUCAUCGUGGUCAAACUGGAGAGGUCCCCGAAAGCGGGGCUCGGUCUCAGCUUGGCAGGGCACCGGGACCGCAGCCGCAUGGCGGUCUUCAUCUGUGGUCUUCAUCCUGCGGGAUCCGCCGCCAAAUCUUCACCACCUAUUAAAGUCGGCGAUGAGAUCUUGGAGGUGAACGGGAUAGUACUACACGGCAGAUGUCAUCUCAACGCGUCGGCUAUCAUCAAAGGACUGGUGGGACCUGUCUUCAAGAUAAUUCUUCUAAGACGUAAAGCGGCGUUAGAAGACGUUGCCGUGAAACCUUUAACGCAGUUUCCUGUCGGCCUUGAUGAAGAAUCGGAGGAUCGAUUUGCCGGCUACAAAGGAGUACGAGACAUCACCAUCAAAAAGGGCCCAGCUGGACUAGGUAUCAUGAUAAUAGAAGGUCGGCACACGGAGGCUGGGCGCGGAAUAUUCGUAUCCGACUUACAGGAGGGUAGCGCCGCGGAACAAGCUGGUCUUAACAUCGGUGAUAUGAUACUCGCCGUGAACAGAGACUCUUUGCUAAGUUGCAGCUACGAUGCCGCGGCUGCUAAACUGAAACACACGGAAGGCGUGGUCAUACUGACAGUGUGCAGUCCCAACAUGAAGGACCCUGAUAAAGAAGAUCCUUCGGGAACUUCUGGUGCGAGUGGGAAUCAAACUCCAGACGCGUUGUCCGCCGGCGCGUCGCGCCCGCAGACACCACGACCUACUCCUUCGCCUGCUAAAGCGGAGCCGCCGCCCGACCCCGCGACAGCGCCCGUGAAGCCAAACCAGGAGAUGGUGAUUGAGAUCAACUCCAAUAAUGAACACCUCGGCGUGGUGCUGCUCGGCGGCAGCGAUACAUUGAUCAAUGGCGCGGGCGCAGUGAUCCUGGACAUCUACAAGGCGGGCGCGCUGGGCCGCGACGGGCGGCUGCAGGUGGGCGACCAGAUCCGCGAGUGCAACGGCGUCGCCCUCACCGACAAGAUGGCGCACGAGAGGGUCUGCCUCUCCAUCAAACUUAAAGCGCCAAAGUUGAAGCUGACCGUGUUCCGGCCGGAGCCGGUGCAGUACGAGGAUGUGGAGGUGGAGCUGGCGAGGAAGGCGGGACGAGUGCUGGGACUGACUUGUGUCGCGCCAGUGCAGGGGACUGGCGUCUACAUUGGAGACCUGCUGCCCGGCUCUCCUGCAGAAGUUGACGGUAGAAUUCAAAAAGGUGACUUGUUAGUGUCAGUCGACGGUAAGGAUUUGACGGGAGCGGACUACAUCGCGGCUGCGACGGCAUUAAAAUUAUGCGCCAAUAAAACCGUAAUUAAAGUGAAAAGAUUUAAAAUAAUUAGUAAAUAAAUUGACAAUGCAAAAGUGACUUUAUUACGUUUGAAUUAAGUUUUAUUUCUAUGUGUUAUUGACGUUUUUAUUUUAGUGUAAAUAUGAAUUACUUUUGAGUGCCGUAAAUGUGAUUUAUUUAAUACAAUUUUAGUUUUAAAGAACAGUGAAAUCUCGAUUUAAUUUCGUAAGCAACAAGGUUUAUUUUUCUAAUUCUGUUUAUUUUUAUUGUAAUGCAUUGUACUUAUUUGUUCAAUUUUAAAUUUGUAUUUCUAAUAUUAUAAAAUGUAAUUAUCGAGCUGCGAGCGAGUUUAGACUUUAACACCAUUGUUUAGGGCACAUUUUAUAUUUUAUUAAUUAUAAAUAUUCUUUUAUUAUUUUGCAUUUUAAUUUUGAAAUCGAUUAAAAAUUAUCAUUUUUUGAAUUCCUCAAAUGUUAUUGAAUUAUGUUAUUUAUGCUGUUUACAAUAAGGUUUGUUUUGCCUUUGUGUAACCAAUAACCUAUGUAGAUUUUUAAUAAAUAAAAAAUAAUGCACCAGUAAUUUAACCAAAUAAAGUACAAUUUAAAGCUUUCUAAUAAAUUCAAUAUAUAAUUUUACAUUUUUAUGUGAACGUGUGCAGAUUUUUAUCAAGCAAAAUUAAGCUUUAUUCUAUUGUAAUAAGAUUUAAUUUUACUUUACUCUUGCUUAUGAGAAAAUUCUUGCUAUAUAUUAAAUCUAAUUUCAAUUGGAUAAAGGUCAGUGUUCAAGGAGUUUUUACACGUUUUUAGCCAAAAUGUAUAUCGUAAAAGAUUUAGAAAUAAAACUAUUUUUAACGGAGACAUGUGUAAUGAUAAAAUAUGUACAGAAAAAGGACUAUAAAAAAGUGAUGACGUCGACAAUGUGUUCUAAUUUUGAAUAAUUCAAUUUCUUCUUCUUUUCUAAUGGCUUGACUCUAAAAACGUGUAAAAACUCCUUGAACAGUCAGUUUUAUUUGCGAUAAAUAAACGUUCUGGUCGACGAACCCAAGUACUUUGCCAAAGUGUAAUGCACUAGAGAUAAAUAUUUUAUUUAUAGUACAAUAGAAAAUAAUAAUUAAAAGUGAAUAGACAAUAAGAAGUUUGUUUUUAUUACGGCUUUUAAUACGAGUAUUAAAAUAUAGAGAUAAAGCUUAGAUAGUUUUAGAAUUUUCUAGAAAUAAAUCAGUUUUGUUGCCGAAACAUUUAUAGAAACAGACUCUUGACAACAACGGCCGAAUAUUGAAACGACAGUAACAUAUGAAAGAAUGUCUACAGCCACGUUUCAUUUCUGAAUAACACUAUUUUGAUCAGAUUGUAAAUUUACGCGAAGUAUUAUAUUCGUUUCAAAAUUCAGCCAUGAGAGAUGUUUCUGUAUAUGUUUUUCGACAAUGGAAACAACUUCUUGGACUAGAAAUUGUAUGUUGCCAUAUAAAUUAAACAUUAAAAGUACAUUAAAAAAAUAUUGCACUGAAUAACUAAUAUCUAGUUACACGUAGUUUUGGAAUUAAGAACCAAAUACUGUCUCUCUCUAAUAAGUGAAAAUGUAAUGAGACAACACUAUGAUAAAAAUAAUGAAUCUAAGAAAUAAUGUUCGGAUAGUUACUUAAUUUUGUAACUAGAUGGCGCUGUAUUAUAUUUUAUGAAAAAUUAAUUGUCGAUUUGUUGGUUUAAAUAAAUUUGCCAACAAAAAAUAUGAAAUAUACGUAUUAUCUAAAAUUUAAAUGACUUAAACGUUUGUAAAUAAGUUUCUAACACAUUAGAAAGCUAGCUGCAACAUUAAUCGAUCAAUUAUGAUAUUUAAAAAAAAUAUAGACAACAUCGAUUCUUUAUUGUUUAAAUAUAUUUUUUUUAAUUAGUUAAAGGCAUACACAUAAAUAAGAUAUUAAAAACAGCUAAAUAUAUUUUUUAACCAAUUCUUGUAUGAUAAUUGUAUUUGCAACAAGAUUACUUGUAAUAAUCACCUUUAAAAUUAGUUUUAAUAAUUAAAAUCCUAUUUAACUGAUGAAACAUAGCUUUUUUGUUAUUAUUGUUCAUUUAUUUUGUUUCAAUAUGCACACUGUACAGUCAGCUUCAUAAAUAUGUAACCAUUUACAAAACUUAAAGGUCUUCGGUUUCGAAAAUUGUUAUUCACGUCAAUACCUUGAAUUUUAAGUUCCAAGCAUACAUAUUUGUACAUUUAUAUUUUUAAAACUGAAGACGUAUAAAAGUUCUAAAACUUUGUACACGUAUACAAAUUUGUUAAGCUAACUGUACUUUUACGUGUGUCCUGUUUUUGCCAGCGAUCAAAAUUUGUAACAUUAAAAACGAAAAUAAAAAAACUUAAGUUAAAACCAAUAUAGAUAAUUAAAUGACACUGUAGUUAAGUACAGCGUAGCCUAAUUCUAAAUCAUUGUAAAUUGUAAAAAAAAAUAAAAAAAAACAUCCUCUUCCUGGUAACAAUGUAAACAUAUUGUAUAUACCAUAAGUAUUGUAAUUCAUAUAGCAACACUUUUGUAGAUUACAUCUUUUGCCAAUUUUAUAUUCCAUAUAUAAUUGUAGACAUAAUGCAGGUUACACACGUUAGGUUUCACAAGACGUUUUUGUUGUGGGGUUUAGAUUGUUUUUUUAAUUCACUAAUAUUUUUUGUUUUAUUCUAAGCUUGUGGCAGAACAUUAUUUGCAAUAGUCGGUCGAGAUUAGAAUUAAAUAUUAGGCAUAUGGUUGACAUCCUCUGUAGUCUAUAGUAAACUUUAGUGUGUAUUUCCACUACCCUAUUAUUUAUAAUAAUAAAUAUAGUAGUCUACGGUUUAUCAAAGAAAAUGAAGGGGACAGUUAUGUUUGAAAGCCAAAGUUAUCUUGUAAUGUGAAAAAAUCUGUUAUGCCAGUCACAUGCAAAACCGUCAUGUAUUCUAACGUGUGUAGCCGACAUAAGUAAUGCCUUUCCUUCUUGAUGUAGAUUAAAAAUAUAGAUAAUUAAAAAAUAAAUAUGUGCCACAGAUUAUAUUUCGAAUUUUUGACAGAUGCAGCAUUUUGUACGUAUUUUAUUUUGAUAAUCAGACAUUUUAGGAAAUAAAUCUUUGCCUUGUAAUUAAUUGUUAUUAAUCAAUCGCUUUCUCUUCUCUUAUUGUAGUUAAAUUUAAUUAUUUAUUAUAUAAGUUUAGUGAAAAAAUACGUAGAGAAAUUGAACUUUUAAUAUUAACGUAGAUUAAAGAAUAGAAGUGUUUCGAUUUUAUAGCGACUUUGAAAAUAUUACAAGUUUAUAUGUUUAAUUCGUGCUGUUUGAACCGUGGGUUUUCACUGCUGAGGACAUGUACAAACAUGUAUUGCUGUCUCUGUUUUAUUCAAUAUGAGAGAGCGAGAUGGCACUAUUUUUCUUUCAACAGUGAAAGCCCGUAGUUUAUGUUUAUUCGUAAAACAAUGCGACCUACUGGAAAUACAACAAUGUAAUAAAUUGUGCGCUUUUUAA